AUGAAGCUGUUAUUCGAGUAUGAUACUAUUGAGGAGACUAUAGACGAGACUAUUGAGGAGACUUUAGACGAGACUACUGAGGAGACUUUAGACGAGACUACUGAGGAGACUAUAGACAAGACGAUUGAGGAGACUAUAGACGAUAGUAUUGAGGUGACUACUGAGGAGACUAUAGACGAGAGUAUUAAGGAGACUAUUGAGGAGACUAUAGACGAGACUAUUGAGGAGACUAUAGACGAUAGUAUUGAGGAAACUACUGAGGAGACUAUAGACGAGACUAUUGAGGAGACUUUAGACGAGACUACUAAGGAGACUAUUGAGGAGACUCUAGACGAGACUAUUGAGGAGACUAUUGAGGAGACUAUAGAUGAGACUAUAGACGAUACUAUUGAGGAGACUAUAGAUGAGACUAUUGAGGAGACUAUAGGCGAGGCUAUUGAGGAGACUAUAGACGAGACUAUUGAGGAGACUAUAGACGAUACUAUUGAGGAGACUAUUGAGGAGACUAUACACGAGACUACUGAUGAGUCUAUUGAGUAG